AUGACAUCCAAGUCUACUGAAGAGAAUUCAAGGGCUCGUGAGCUUGAGGAUGGAGCGCAACGAGGACGAACCAGAAGAGAGACUCUGAUGGCCCGAGAAGCGACCGUCGUAGUUAACGACGGCUCCGAUGACGAGGAAUACCAGCCCAGUAACGACGAGGAUAGAAGACAGCAGCCGGAAGACACAGCUACAUCAGUGAUAGAUGCGUUUGACUAUGUGAGCUCGAAUCAUCCGCUGCGCCCUGCCAGAGCGGUCUGUGUUUUGGACAGAGCACAGCAACUGGCACGGUUCAGAAAUCACUUUGAGUUCUGGUGGGAUGUUUUACUUACCAUGGGCAAACAAGCCAAGAUGAAUACGAGCCGAGUGACCGACCAGACUCUCCGUGGAGAUGUCCUACGUCUAGGCGAAGAAAACCGAGAAUUGCGACGCGAAAGAGAUCGCAUGACAGUGCAAAGGGACAUGGCAGAGAAAAGAUUGGAAGAGAUGGCCUCGAGAUUAGACGCAACAUACCAAGAACACAGUCGCCAUCCAUCCACGCUUGCGCAAAUCCAUUCGACGAGACACGAAACCCCGAUGUUGACGAGGGAGCACCUGGGCCGUGACACUGAGCGGGACAUUUCCCACGUUCCCAGCUCUUUUUGUACUGCUAGCCUGGACCGCUUUGACAAUCCCAAGUUCCCGGAUGCCCCGGUGUUUUCAGGUGAUCGCAAAGCGUUCGACAGCUGUAAAGACAAAGUUCACGACAAAUUGAGCAAUAGUGCUGCUCAAUCAGACGCCGAUCCGAUCCCACCAGAGAAGACCAGAAGUCCAAGAUGUGAUUAA